AUGACCCGCCAACCGUCGGCGAGCUUCGCGCAAUUCUUUCCUGCCGCACCACGUGCUGCCAGGGACAGGGCCACCGAGAGAGAAAAGGCCAAGGCCAAGACACAAGAUACUCCUGCUGCCAGUGGCCUGCUUGUUGGCCAGAAAAGUGGUGCUACGCUCAACGGCACAAGCGCCCGAGCGCCAUCUGGUACUGAUGGCCUACUCUCCGACUCUUCUCAACAGCCGGCCGAUGGCCAUGAGUCGCCUUUAGGAGAUACACUCAACGCCGUUGGAUCUGCGAGCUCUUACGCGAGCACUGGCUCUUCCUCCGUCUUCAGCACCUCUGCGCGACAGGCCGCCCCGAACGGCUCAUCUCAUAUACCCACCACCAGCGGCACGCCGCUCACCUCAAUAGAAUCACCUUCAUACUCGGGAAAUGCUGGCCUGCCGAAGACGAACAUGGUCCACGCACAAACCAUCGAUCGGGAUGAGGCAUCGGCCUCCCGCAAUACCCCAUUAUCCCGCCUGAACGGCUCGCUCCCGGAGCCCUCACCCAUUGAGCGCACUCCUGCGCGAGAUCUUUCUCGAACCACGAAAGGCAUCAAAUGCACAUAUGAUCCAUUUAACGACCGGACCCUGUCGAAGCACAAUAAGAAAAGUGCCAAGCCGAUAUACAAGGAGUUUGGAUUGGAAGAUGACCCCCCCCCUCCAGACCCUCGCCUCGCUAAAGGCGGGCGAUUGGGCUAUAUCAACACCGACUUCCACCUUCCAAAGUCUCGACUGCGACAGUCGCCGUAUAAUCUCAAGCCGUAUCCGUACGACUCGAAAACCUCGCUUGGGCCUGGCCCACCAACACAGAUCGUCGUGACUGGCUUCAAUCCUCUCAUUACCUUUUCCAAGGUGACGGCAGCUUUCGCGACAUUUGGAGACAUUGCAGAGAGCAGCAACAAAAUGCAUCCUGAGACAGGCAGCUAUCUUGGCUUUGCGACGUUUCGAUACAAGGAUGCGCAUCCCGGUCGCUCGAGGCUCAACCCGAUCAGGGCAAUUGAUGCCGCGCGGCGCGCUGUGAAAGCUAUGCACGGGCAGCGAAUUGAGGCGAACCAAAUACGAGUCGAGUAUGACCCCGAGGGCAAGAAAAGCGCUCGCAUGCUUGAAGAAGCCUUGAGAAGAGAGCGUGCAUCCCAAGAUGUACACCCUGUACACACUGCUUCAAAGGCGCCUCCUACAGGCCCGCGGGUUAAUGUGCCCGAAAAGGUUCCUGGUCCACCACCAUUGGCGCCAAAGGGCCCCUCGUCCCAUCGGCAAGCAGUGGCUGGUGUCCCUCCCUGGGUGCCAAGUCAGCCAAAGGGGCAUGUCGCUAUAGAGGAUAAGGCUAUCGCGAAGCAACUCGAAAACGACCCGUAUGUGUUUGUUGCGCACGAGCAUGUGCCCGUCAUGGUUACAACAAUUCCGCACAUGAAGAAGCGCCUCAAGGCUUUCGCUUUUGACGAAAUUCGCAUCGACAGAACAGGCUACUUUAUUGUCUUUCCGAACACCUUCCACGGUCGAAAUGAAGCCAUGAAGUGCUAUAGAGCUGCUAAUCAUACCGACCUGUUCACAUACAAUAUGGUUAUGCAGCUCUACCUCCCGCAGAACUCAUCUCGAGACUCUGAGUCGGUAGCCCCAGCUCCGCGCUCACGACGAACCCCUAGCCCCGAACGAAAGCGUCGAACCGAUCAGCGAUUGCGAGAGGAUAAGGAUCGCCGCCGUCGCGAAGAGGAAGCAGAUCUGGAAGAGGAAAAGCGACAAAGAGCUAAGAACUUUGACCCUGUCAUGGAAGCUUGCGAUGUUGUUGCCAGAGAACUGGCAGAGCAUUUGAUCAAGCACAUCAGAUCACGGGUUGCCGCUCCUACUUUGACGAAUUUCCUCAACCCCUCCAAUCAUGUCGCGAUGCGCCAGAAACUCGGUCUCAGAGAUCCGGCUGGUUCUGUCCCGUCGGUUACCGUAGAUGCAGGUGACGAGAGUCCUGGUGGUGCUACUCCCAACUCAGGAGCAGAUCCCAUCGAGCGUCGUACCGGCCGUCUAGAGAUAUCCUCCCUACCCCGUAUUCGUAAAGCCAAGGCCACAGGACACGGAGCUCGUAAUAAUGUUGGGUUUAUGGAUCCCUUCUCGCGCAAGCGUGCUCCUCAAAGCCGCGGUGCUUUCAGGUCACUGCACCAUCGACUGAAGAGCUACGAUAGCGAUGUCGAAUCCGACGAAGAAGUUGAGGUCAGAGAGUCUGUCGCAAGGGACACGGAAGAGCCUGAUUCUCGGCCGCGCAGUCGCAUGAGUACAGACGAUGAUGUGUCCAGAGAAGACUUUGCUUCGUGGGGCCCUGCGGAGGAAGACUCCAUGACUGAGGCAAGCUUUGCAGUUGUUGAUGGACUGACCUCGACCAAGAAGAGGAAACUGGACCUUGAGCUCCAGUCAGCAGUUAAGCGCCAUAAGAAGUCCGACGAGGAACUCUUUGGGGUCACGCUGGAUAACAUGGCGCCCGACUUGCCAGUUCAUGAAAUAUCCGAGGAAGCCACGCCUGAUGUCGACAUGGCUGAUGUGCGAAGCGAGACUCGCUCCGAAACCCCGGCCCUCUCAACCAAAGCUUCGGCGAAGAAGUUGAAGUCAAAGAAGAAAUCAAAGAAACAACUGUUCGAGGAACGUGAGGCUCUGAAAAAGCAACAGCAAGCACAGUCGGUUGCGGAAACAGAAGAGGAAGAGCCGGUCCCCGCGAAGACCCCGCUGGAGGAGGUGAAGCCAGAGCCAGAGCCAGCACCAGCAUUAGCAGCAAAGAGGGAGGACGAGCCUGUUGCUGCUGUAGAUUUCACCUUGUACUCAACGACGCCGAGACGCGCUCUUGAUCUGCCUACCGACUUCAAGCUGGAUAUUGCAACCAUGCAAGAGUUGUCCAUGUCAGCUGCGGAUAUGCCAGACUUGGCCAGGCUCAGCAAAAGGUUUGGAGGGGCAGAUCUGGGGGACCCGCUUCUUUGGCUUUGGCGGCGCAACAGGGUACGGGAACUCAACUCAAAGGACGGGUCUAUCGAUCGUGCGGUUGGUAUUGAAGGCUACUACGUCUCUAAUUCCACCGGUUCCGCACGAACCGAAGGUGUCAAGAAGAUUCUUAACGCCGAAAAGUCCAAAUACCUGCCUCAUCACAUCAAGGUCCAGAAACAAAGAGAGGCACGGCAGGCGAAGUACAAGAAGGAUGGCAAGGAUGCGGCGGUUGAGGCCAGCAGGCUUGCUGUCGCUGAAAAGGUCGUCGCCAAGGGCAACUCGAGAGCUAAUCGUGCAAACAACCGUCGCCACGUGUCAGCUCUUCAGGACGAGAAGAAGAUGUCGGGCGACUCUGAUGCCUUCAAAUUCAACCAGCUUAAGAAGCGGAAGAAGCCAGUCAAGUUUGCCAGAUCUGCCAUCCACAACUGGGGUCUCUAUACGGAAGAGAACAUCAACAAGGAUGACAUGAUUAUCGAGUACGUGGGCGAACAAGUCAGACAGUCCAUCUCGGAGAUUCGGGAGAAGCGCUACCUCAAGAGCGGCAUGGGCAGCAGUUACUUGUUCCGCAUCGACGAUAAUACCGUCAUUGAUGCGACCAAGAAGGGCGGUAUUGCUCGAUUCAUCAACCACAGCUGCAUGCCCAACUGUACGGCCAAGAUCAUUAAGGUGGAUGGAAGCAAACGAAUCGUUAUUUAUGCUCUCCGGGACAUUGCACAGCACGAGGAACUGACAUACGACUACAAAUUCGAACGUGAGAUCGGCAGUUUGGACCGCAUUCCCUGUCUUUGCGGUACGGCGGCGUGCAAGGGAUUCCUCAACUAA